UCACGACCGGUGAUUGACCGGAUGAUCGAUUAAAUUAGCAUACAUUUUCGAUCGCCCGAAUUAAGGCAGUUCAUCGUCAUAUUUCAUUUUAUUCGUCUGACUACCGCUAUUCAGUUUGUCAAAGUCGGUGCAACAACAUAAACAUUAUCAUAAUUCACUUUGUGUGUGAGACAGAGACAGAGAGAUCAAUUGUAACGCACCAUUCGUCGGAUAAUGAGAUGGCAUUGGGAAACAAGAAAAUAAUCCUAAUUUUCAAGUAUAAUGUUACUCCGAAAAACUCGAUUAACUAGUUCAGUGAUCGGAGACGGGCAUCGAAACAAAAUUCAUUCCGGUUGGACGAAGGUAGUUAAUAUUGCGAAUUUUUUUUCUCCUUCAAAUUCGCGUUUCAAUUCCUCUGACGGGACUAGUGUGUGCGGAAACAUGUGCUCGUUUAAUUUACAUCGGAGUGCGCGAAGUAAACGACUUUGAUUCGUGCUAUGUGUGCAGGCAGUAUUUCAUAAAGUGUCGUAGUGGUGUUCGUUUAUCUCAGAAUGAAAAACAUUCUCAGUGUUGUUUAUUGAUUGAAUCUUUUGAAAUGUUUAUUUGUGCUAAGUAUUUUUAGCGACAUCUCACGCUUGGGCGGUUCUCGGGCAAUUGCACAGUCUUUUACUGCCCUUGGGACCACUUAACGACCACACCCUUUCUACUUUCGGAUACUCAGACCCUUCUAGAAGAUUAUUAUCACACGAGACGCAGUUGUGUUUGCAGUUCCAUGUGAUGAUCCGGCGAACCUCUACGUCUGGGGUCAACUGCUGUGGGUAAACACUCACUUUUGGCUGGGUGGUGCUUUUUUCCUGUUUAUGGAUAUCACCGGUAUACCGAAGUUUCUACGAAAAUACAAAACACAACCCGGCGCUAAUGAUCCGAUUACCUGGAAAGAUCUGAAGAAGAUCAUCAAAACCGUUCUGUUCAAUCAACUCCUGGUAGCAACACCACUGACGUACAUUGGAUUUCACAGUUUCAUGAAGAAUGAUGUUCCCGACAUCCGCGCACUACCUUCGUUGGCCGUCGUGGUACGAGAUAUUCUCAGUUGUAUUCUACUGUGGGAAAUUGGUUUCUACUAUAGCCAUCGGUUGCUUCAUCACAAAUUCCUGUACAAAAUUGUCCACAAAAAGCAUCACGAGUUUACGGCACCCGUGUCUUGGGCUGCUCUCUACGCUCAUCCGAUCGAGCACGUUCUGAGCAACAUGAUCCCACCGCUUGUGGGAGUAGCCCUGACAAGAUGCCAUCUGGUGACGUCGACGCUUUGGUUCAGCUACGUGAUCCAUGACACGUUGACGGCUCACUCCGGCUAUCAUUUGCCAUUCCUGAUGAGCUCCGAAUUUCACGACUAUCAUCAUCUGAAGUUCAAUCAGUGCUACGGAACAUUCGGACUGCUGGAUUGGCUGCACGGCACCGAUAUACAAUUUCGCACAAGCAAACAACACAAGCGAGAUCAUCGCCUGUUGGGACUGAAAUCGGCUAGGGAACUCGUUCCGGAUAAGUCUUGAAAAACGAAAAACUAAGUCACGAAUUUUACGAAUUUAAUCAACCUACAUGUGAUUGUUAUAUUUUACGGUUUAGGUUUAAUGUGAAUAUUUUUAGACUAAUAAAUCGGGAAUUGUGAUCCAUGAUCACCUUUAUGUUUGGUAAGCAGUGAUCCAUUUAUGGACUACUAUGAUCGAGGUGCUGAGACCUUUUGGGUUGCAUACACUCCAUGUCAGAUGUGCUGGGCUACAUUAACCACUUGAACACUGGCUAUGAGGUCGCCUUCGAUAGGAUAAAUUCUUUAUUUAUGUCUAUGCUUCGUCUUCGGCUCAUCAGUACAUUAGCAGUUCAUAUUGAACGUCAUCAAACUGGUUCCAAAAUACUUUUUGCGCCGAAAUGUCAUGCAUUUAGUGAAGUGCAGAAAAAACGAAAUUUUGUUACAGCGUUUGGAUAAUUAUUUUUAUUCAAAAUUAGGAUGGCGUGUGUGAUUAUUAGAUUGUAGAUAUUUACAAGCUUUCAAGUAUUAUAGUAUUUGUCUUGAAGAACAUUUGCGUUUAUUUUAUUGCGUGUGCCUGUGAUUAUUAGACUGCUAAUGGGUGGUAUAUGAAAUAGGUGCAAAAUUUAAGCUAAAUCGGGCAUGGUUAUGUGGUUCCACAAGGCGGUCAAUGUUUGAAAAAAAUCGAUUUGAAGACUUCAAUGCGAUGCGAUUUUUCUGUGAGCUUGAAAAGAAGUGAAAUUAUCACUUCAAUUGGCAGGUAAAUGUGUGACAAAAUCGAAAACUUUUGAGGGGUAGUGAAUUCAAGGACAACAUUUUUUUUAUAACUCCCACAAAUGGAACUCGAUGCCAGGUACUACCAAACAACAACAAACAAAAACAAUAUUUGGGAACAGUUCAUAAUAAUUCUGAAUCUGGACCUGAAACAGAAUCGGUUCCAGAAUUCAAGCUCAGAAUUCAGUUCCAAAAUACAGCUCCUAUUUAAGAAUACAGUUACUCUGAACUCUGCAUCCUAAUCUUGGAAGUAGAAUCCAAUUCUGGAACUUGAACCGUGUUCUGAACCUAGAUUUGGGAACUAGAUUCUAGAACUGAAUUUGGAAACUGAAAUUCUGAACUUUUUUUAUCCGAUUUUCUAUGCGGAUUCUCAAGUUACGUGUUUUUUUUCGCGCGUAUUUCUGAAGUUACGCAAGUUUUUUUACGCGGUUUAGGAUUUCUCUGAAGUGUCAGACCCAAACUAGUAUUCAACGAAGUUGUCAAGAGGCGGAAGAGAACCGUCGACGAGCGACUUUGAUAUCUCAAAGUAUCUUUGAUGUCUAAAGUAUCCUCGGUCUACCAGCGAUACACGUUUCACCCAGCGUUCUCGCAAAUACUCGGUAUAAGUCAUGUUGAGGGAUGGCUCUCUGACAUAGAUGUUGGCUGUUGGAAGCUGUUCAACCACAAUCUAAACAUCGACAAAAAGCUCAAAAUUUACCACCGUGGGCUCCAGAAGUCGGUAACGAAGUUGUUCAAGAGUGACCACGAAAAUUAGAUACUUUUAGAAGAUAAUGACCACAAACACCGGAGUUAUCUAGCUUAGGAAAAAAAUACCUUCUCGAUAAUAGAUUAGCGCUCACAGCCUCUGGAUGCCGGCAUGAAGUCCAUUGUCACGGGAAAACCAUUGAGCGGAAUAAAGCAGUUGAUGUUAAUUCCAGACCUGGAUAUUCGAAUUCUAGGCCGAAAUUCUGGAAAGAGAAUUCAAGUUCACAUCAGUAUCCAGCUCUAAAAUUUAGUUCCAGAACUCAGAUCUAGAAUUCCGGAUCUAGAUUUUGGAACUGAGUUCUAGUAAUAAAAUUAAGGCUGAGGUCAGAAUCCGGUCCAGAGCCCAGUUCUUAAAUUUAGCUCGAGAAUUUAGUUUCAGUUUCCCGGAACUGAAUUCUGAAACUGAUUCUGAAACAUAAUUUUAAACGAAACCUGGAUCAUAGUUCUGAACCUGAGCUCUGGUACUACAAUUCAGAUUCAAGCCAGAAUCGGUUCUAGAAUCCAAGCCCAGAAAUAAGUUCUAAAACACAGUUCCUGUUUAAGAAGUCAGUUCCUCUGAAUUUUUCAAAAACAAAAGAAAAUUUUGGAACUUUUUAUGCGGUUUUCCGAAAUUACGCGGUUUUUAAUGUGAAUUUUCAAAGUUAUGCGGUUUUCUUGUUUUGUCUUAGAAAUGCAUGAAACAGCGAGAUCUGGUGUUAUCCCGAAUUUUUUUUAAGUCAACUCGCUGACACUUGGAAAAUUUUCUAUU